GAUCCAACGAACGCACACGAUGGGUCCCCGGGCGCAGAUGAAGCAGUACGGCUACGAAGACCUCGAGGCCGGCGACGGCCAAGACGUCCCGCUCACCGAGCUCGGCGUGCUCAUCAAGCCAUACUUUUGGCCCAAGGACAGCUGGGCGCUGCGCCUGCGGGCCAUUACAUCCGUCUCGCUCGUCGGCGCGUCGCGCGCCUUUCGCGUCCUCGCGCCUCUGUACCUCAAGGAGGCAACGAACGAGCUCAUCGCGACCGCCGAGGUCCCCGUGGCCGCCAUUGCGACGUACGUCGGGUUCCUCUUCCUCUCCAACAGCUCCAAGCAGCUGCAGACGUUCCUCUACCUGCGCGUGAUGCAAAGCGCGUACAAGGAGGUGUCGGCCAAGGUCUUUACGCAUUUGCAUGCCAUGUCGAUGCACUUUCAUUUGACCAAGAAGACGGGCAAGGUCAUGCGGGUGCUGGACCGUGGCAUCGACAGCACCGACUCGGUCGUGAACGUGCUCUUCUUCCGCCUAGUACCCACGAUCCUCGAGGUGAUUGCGGUCGGCGGUAUUUUCUUCUUCGCGUUCCACGAGCAGCUCCUGACGCUGGUCAUUGGGGUGAGCGUGGUCGUCUAUGUCACGGUGACGGUCCUCGGCACUCGAGUCCGCCUCCGGUUUAAAAAGACCAGCAACAAGCACGACAACGAUGCCAACGAAAAGGCCGUCGACAGUCUCACCAACUUUGAGACGGUCAAGUACUUUUGCUCGGAGCAGUACGAGUGCGACCGGUACCUGGGCAGCAUUGCGUCCUUCCAGCAGUCGGCGUUCUUAACGCGAGGCCUUACCAACUCGAUCAACGUGGCGCAGCAGCUCAUCCAAGGCAUUUGCUUGUUGCUUUGCCUUCUCAUUGCCGCCGCCAAGAUCAAGCAAGGAACACUUACCGUCGGCGAUUUCGUGGCCGUCGGCAGCUACGUCACCCAGAUCUUCAAGCCCCUCGACUCGCUCGGUGCGAUCUAUAACACCAUCAUGCAGUCAAUUGUCGACAUGUCCAACUUGGUCGAGAUUCUCCUCGUGGAACCCGACAUCCAGGACAUGCCCGGGGCCAAGGCACUGGUCCUGGCGCCCCACCAAAGCGCCGUGACGUUCGAGCACGUGGGGUUCUCGUACCCCGGACAGCCAUAUGCGAACGGUCUCAAGGACAUCAAUCUGACGAUUGCCCCGGGGCACACGCUCGCGGUCGUGGGCGCGACGGGCGCGGGCAAGAGCACGCUGAGUCGACUGCUCUUUCGCUUUUACGACGUGACGUCCGGACGUAUUUUGAUUGACGGACAAGACGUGGCCAAGGUGACGCAGGCGUCAUUGCGUCAAGCGAUCGGUAUCGUGCCCCAAGACGCCGUCAUGUUCAACGACACCAUCUUCUACAAUAUUCAAUAUGGCCGUCACGACGCGACCGAAGCCGACGUUCUUGAAGCAGCCAAGUCGGCCAAGCUCUACGAUUUCGUGAUGACGUUGCCCUUGGGCUUCCAGACCCGCGUCGGCGAGCGCGGGCUCAAGCUCUCGGGUGGCGAGAAACAGCGCGUUGCGAUAGCGCGGGCAAUUCUCAAGAACCCGCGCGUCAUGAUCCUCGACGAAGCGACGUCAGCACUCGACACGCGAACGGAGCGCAGCAUUUACCAGUCGCUGCUCGAGAUUUGCGCCGACCGAACGACUCUCGUGAUUGCGCACCGCCUCUCGACGAUCCAGCACGCCGAGCAAAUCGUUGUCCUCGAACGCGGCCAAGUGGUUGAAGUUGGUGCGCACGACGUGCUGAUGCAAAAGCAAGGCGCGUAUGCGUCCAUGUGGCACCAUCAGUCGGCGCUGCCGGCCGUCGAGUCGACCGAUCGAGUUGCCGCCGAGUAGCUUCAUUUUCUGCCAGAUGUCGAAGAUCACAACAGUGUCCUGUGUGGAACAACCAAAAUUCGUUGAAUAAUGCCUCGAUUCGUCGCUACUUUGUUGUGGAACACUCGAUAAACUUGUGUUUAGAAGGUGGAUUUCUACGAUACGUUUUGGACGCCGCAAUGGAUACCGGACCAGUGCGAACUACGCGACGGACGACUCUAGCAAAGAGCCCGCGUUUACGACUGUGAACGGGGUCAUGAUGCACGAUAGCACAGCCAUUGAAAAUCUCUGCCGUUGCUGAGCUACGUUGCCAAUCUGUGGCUCGGACCAUGUGCCGCUCGCAGCGCAGUUUGCUUUCAACUAGCAGCUCGUACAAAUUUCGAAACCGUUCUAUUUUGUUCCAUGCUAGACACAUUUGAAAUGACAACUUGUAUCGAGGAUACUCGGUCGUACGAGUCGCCAGCAUGCGCAUCGCUGCGACGGCCGGUAGCCCACAAAGGUAUCAUCAAGUACUAGUACGUUCAAGG